AUGUCACAACAGAAAGACCAACACUCUCAAGCAAAUCUCAGUACGACAACAACAACAACGACGACUCCUCCUAUUCCUGCUUCUACGACAACAACAAGCACUGGUGCACAACCAAGAACAACCGCAACGACGACUACGACAACAACAACAGCUUCAUCCUUGUACGAAUCCGAAUCAGCAAGUUCUUCCUCAUUCUCUUUUCUUUCUCCCAUUCUUGGUCAUCAUCAUCAUUCGCCAAGCAAUUUAUUACCAACAACAGGACAGUUGCAACAAGAAGGCUUCUUUUCAUCCCAUUCCACAACAGAGAAUAUCAAUAACAUGUUGUUUGCAACAGCAGCAGCGACUCAGCAACAACAACAGCAGCAGUAUCAUCAUGAACCAUCCAAUGCAUCUUCUUAUUCCAUGAUCAUGGAGGAUGAAUUUGCUGCUCACUAUCAUCAUGGCAUGAUGGAACAGCAACAACUGCAUCAAGGAGGGGAUACAACGAGUAGUAGUAGAAUGAAUCCUCCAAUCAUUCCAUUCUCUUCCAUGUUAUUAUUGGGUGAAGAGGAGGAUCAUCCUUUUCAAACAACAACGACAACAGCCUCUCCAACAACCACUCAACAACAACAAUCGUUAGAGAGAUCUCAUCCUCUUGGAAGUAGCACCAAUGAACUAUUUAGUGGUGAUAAUUCCCUACUACUGAGCCAACUCUAUGGAAUGGCACAAGGUACUACUACUACAACUUCUUCUUUGGGUUCAUCCCUUCAUCAACUUCCUCAACAACAACAACAACAAACAAUCUCUCACUUUCAACAGCCUUCAUCUGGGUUAGGAACAACAACAACCACCUCUACAACCAGUACUCGACCAUCCACAAACGUAAUGCAACAGCAACAACAACUCUCUCAACAACAACAACAACAAGAGAAUAUGAUUGCAUCAUCGCCUACAACACCUACGGCAUCAUCAUCCACAGCAAAAUCAACUCCAUCUGUUACGUUUACUAUAACUCAAUUACAGCCUUACUUUGAAACACCGAUCAAGAAUGUUGCAGCCAUGUUGAAUAUUUCCCUCACUCAGCUCAAACGAAUUUGUAGAGGAAUUGGGAUACCACGAUGGCCUUAUAGAAAAAUUCAAUCAUACAAGAGCAAGAUCAAUGAAAAGAGAAUCAUUUUGGAAAAGCUAGAAAAGCAAGACUCACCUGGCAUUCUUCUCGAUCCCAUUAAAAAGCAUCAACUCUCCUCUCGAAUUGAGCAAUUAAGAAAUGACAUUAUGAAAAUCGAAAAACAAAUUGUUGCCAUUAAGAACGAUCCAAAAUCUGUUCUUCAAUCAAGCAGUGGAGGUAGUGAGGCAGCAGAGGGUUCACAUGCUGGCGGAGAAUCUGACGACGAUGCAGAAACAACCACUUCAGCAACUCAAAGUAGUAACAUGUCCAUCUCUUCUUCGACGUCUUCUCAUCAACGAGUCAUUACAAACACUCAUGUUCGAAAUAUGAAUACUGGAUCAAUGAUUGGACAAAUGAGAUCUGUGGUACAUGUUGGAAAACAACCUCAGAGAAGGGCGCAACAAAGUAAAUUGAAUGUAGUGGUUCAGGAUGUUCCACAAAUGCAAACACCCUCUCCUCAACAACAUGUACAAAAUUAUCCUACUACUAGUUAUCAACAAAUCUCACCUGUGACUCCAUCAGCAGCGAGCUCAGUAUCGUCCUCAACCACACAACUGAAAAGGAAAAAGAGACCAGAAGUGACUGAGAUUUCACAGCAACAACAACUAUCUCAACAACAAACAAUGACUAGUUCACAACAAGGUUUCAUGAUGCCACAAACUUCGUCAGGUUAUCAAAUGAUGAGUGGAAUGACACCUCAAUUUACAUCCAAUGUUACACAAGGAUUUAUGACCUCUUUAAUGGGAAAUGCCAAUCAAUAUAAUUUUGGAACGAAUACCAACAUGUUUGAUCAAAGCACCACCACUACCAUGACGCCCACUACGACUCAAAUUUCACAAACCAGUGCUCAAUCAUUUAAUUUAGGUCAAAUGUUGGCUCCUUCUGCUGUGACAAGCCAAUCUGUCACGACACUCGAUACUUCGAGAAAGAAACGAAAAAUGAGUGCACCUCCCACUCCUGUGCUUCAACAACCUCAACCAUCCAUGUCAUUGCAACAACCCAUGCAACAACAGCAACAACAACAAUUUUCCUCGUCGGGCAAUGUGGUCAGCACUCAAUAUUUCCAAGCAGUUCAACCACCACAAUCCAGCACUCAAUAUUAUCAACGAUCGCCAACAGUGGCAGAUCCAAAUUUCACACUUCAACAACUCAUUUCGCCCUCAACCAUGAAUAUUGCUUCUCAAAAUGUAUUUUCAUCGUCUACUGCCGCUAGUAGUAGUGGUGGCCAGGGAGUUGUUGAUGCACAAGAUUAUUCGAGUGCACUUUUGAUGAGUAUGCUUCAACGAAAAAACACGACAGAUUUUUCCUCACAAUUUUCUCAACAACAACAAUUGUCACAACCUAGUACUCAAUUCAACAUUUUUAAUACCUACAUGGAGAGUACUCAGCAACAACAACCACCUCAACAACAAGCGCCACAGUUUGAUUCAACAUCUUAUCAAUCUCACUUUUCACAAUAUGAAUCAUUUCCUCAACAACAACAGUCAUCAUCUAAUCAAACAACCACAUCACUAGGCAAUACUCAAGUUCAGCAAUUCUUUUCCUUUCAAAACACGCAACAACAACAACAACAGCAACAAAAUCCCUUUCAUCAACCUUAA